CAUAAGUCAUCUGCCCCACCACGCAUUCGGUACCUACUUCUUUAACGCUCCUCAUUACGCAUUUUCGUUUCUUUAUCAACAAUCCAAAUUAAUUCAAUGCUAAUACAAAUUUAGCGAUACUUGAUAAUUGGUAAUUGGACAAAAAAAAACUGGUAGUGGGCUUCUUCCGUUCAAUGUAUUGCAUGCAUGUGCACAUGUAACGCCAUACGCGACUUCACGUGUCUUGGCUAUCUGCAGAUGCCAUUAAGAUAGCCGCGAUGCGACUUCGAAAAUCAAACCAGGGGAAGCGCUUCAACGAUGCCCUGGCUUUCGAUCUUUCCGAUGGAGAACAAGCCGAUUUGACACAGCAAGCCCGUCAUCUGUCUGACAACGAAUUUGUAGUGGACGCACAACAGUCUCUGGAUGGCAGAAAUAAGCAGGACAUUGACGCUCAAGAUUCAUCCGACUUUGAAUCACUAGAUGGCAAGCAAUCCGAAGCGAGGCGCAAGAAAAACAAGCGCUCCUGGGCACCAAAUCCAGCCAAACCACUUGGCGAAGUACAGCCCUACCCAACAGACCCUGCACAGAAAUGGACAAGAACUUACGUUGGCCCAGUCAAACGAUGGACGCGACUUGAAUUCCUGGUCGAUUACUGGUUUGGUGAUGUGGAAGACCGAAGAGAGAUCUUCAACGACUUUAUUCAACUUUGGUAUAACUACCAGCUCUUGCCCCCUAAACUUCCUCAAGGAUCCCAUCAACUAGAUGUAGCUCGGAACGGCUGGAUGCCCGGCAAUUUCACCCAAUACACGGAAGAAAAGUACCGUAACUGGUAUGAGAGAUAUCUAGCCACACGGACUAUCUCUCAAACCUCAACACCGAUAGAUAAAGAAAAGGCGUUCCGCUGGUUUUUUCCACGAGACGAGGGUAAAAUACACGUGCUACUCGGUCAUGUAUUGAACCAGAAAGAGCACCUCAUGAAACAAGGAGACUGCCUAUCAUUCUCGGAUUCCGGACUUCCAAUUGAGGAUGAAAGUAGCGACGAUUCACAAAUCGGAGGCUGGCUACUUGAUGUUGGAGGCAUCGUCCUUUCUAUGGGAUGGGCACCAAUUAAAGGCCAAGUUGAUCAGCUCUUAGCCAUGUCAGUCAUCCCUCAUUCGGAUCAGGCUUUUUAUCGGGAUCUGAAUGAUGCACCUAAGCCAUCGGAGCUAAAAGAUGGUGCUAUUCAGAUUUGGAAAUUCGGAGUUGAAAAGGACAGGGAAGGAAUCAGUCGGCCGGCGCGAUCUUCGCCGAAAUUGAUACGUACGAUAUGCUUCUACUGGGGAAGAGUAAACCGGAUGCAAUGGUGCCCCGUUCCGCUCACCAUUACUCACGGCGUAGCUCUCUUGGCUGUGCUAUGUGGCGAUGGGAAGUUAAGGAUUAUAGAGAUUAAGCGGGAUCCAGAGAGAGAUGGCGUCGAGACUUUUGAAGAAAUGCAGGAACCACUGGCUACUAUUAAGCCUCCUAAGGAACAUAGUCUGGAAAUCAAUUGCUUUUCCUGGCUUAAUAUAAACCGUAUUGUUGUUGGCCUUUCCGACGGUUCUGUAACAGUAUGGUCGAUUUCGCCCUGUCAGCAAUUACAACGCCACCCCGUUCACUCGAGUCCUAUAAUGGACAUUGUAUCUGGAUACCCCUCCAAACCCUUCCUGAUCGCGACGAUGCCUAUGGGAGGUGUAUUUACUUUGACGGACUUGAACCGACCUACUGCAGAAAAAACCUACCACGGAAAUCCGUUAGUUUCCCUUCAACCAAACGUCCUGGCUUGGAGCGACCAGUUAAGGGGUUUUGCGUCCAUAUGGCCUACAUCAUUUCCGGGAACAUCAACCGUUUCUUUCGUACAUUCUCGGGUAUUCCCCCUUUCCCGCCACAUAUGUACUGUAGAGGGCCAAACGAGCUGUCUCGCGUUUGGAACGUGCCAUCCAUUCCUUCUUGUAGGAAGCUCAGAUGGGUCGGUCUGGGCCCUCAACGUUAUGCGCAAGGUAUUAUCGCACAGGGAGAAGACACAUAAACUCAAAAUCUUCCAACACGAAUACGCUGCACCUCCACCGCCCGAGACCACGAACGGCAACGGGGAUCAGAUUCAGCGGCGUGGUGGAUGUCGUAUUCUCCAUGGCUUUCUACCCCAGCUCAACUCACAUCCCUUAGGCACGAGAAUCGCGAAGGAGAGUCGAGUCAAGCGUGCCAGAGGAGAGAAGAAAGCAGCUAAUAAAAAGUCUAAGAAGCCUGAGGAUGAAGUAGUGUUUGAAGAUCCAGCAGAUGAGGAUGAGGAUUACUUUACUAUGGUCCCAGCCCCUAUCGUCGUCCACGAAUCCCAAACCCGCAUUACGGCUUUAUCCUGGAAUCCGAACGUGGAAUUUAGCUGGUGGGCCGCAGCAGCAAUGGGAUCUGGGCUAGUCAGAAUCAUGGAUCUUGGCAUCGAGAAUAUCCAGGCAGAAGCAGAAGAUCACGUCGAUGAGCCGGAACAAGCCGAACCAAACCUCGAAGGUGGUGGAAAUGGAGAUAUCGAAAUGGGAGAUGGCUCAGACGAUGAUGUCGAGUUAGUUGGAUAGGUACGACGAAGCAAUGCAUGAUAUAGGGAUCACAUUGCCUCAAUGCGCGAAGCACCUAUAUAAGGAAACAUGGACGAGGUUUAGAAGCAGCCAGUUGGGAGCAUACCUACCUGAAAUGUCUAUGACUAUUACUUCGCUGUGUCAAUUCAUCAACCUAGGUCUCUUCAGUAAGCAGUAGGUAAUGCAAGAUGAUACUAAUCUGUCUAGGAUUCUAGAUAGAUAGAUAUAUCAGAAUGAACAGAGUUGGCUGCGCAUUCUUAAUUUCGUCCG